GAAGCCACCUGUAGCGGAUCUCUAUCCUCCGAAGGAAAUAAACCUCCGAAAGCCACCGAGUUAACGGACCUUAAAGCUCUUGACACAGAAGACAUCAUCUGUUUCCAUUAUUUUUGUAUCAUCAAUAACUUUUAUUAUUAUUUGCAUGAACGACAUUUCAAUAGAGAACUAUGUUACUGACGCAUCGACUAUUCCUAUUAAUAUUAAUCUCGACUUCAGCUGUAAUAGGCACAUCCACUUUGAGCCCCACCACAAGCACGACUGCCUUGAUAACGCCAGCAGGUGUAUCUAGCACAGAUUCAUCCGAUAAUUCGACAGACAUCCCAAUCAAUGCUACCACUACUGCUACUGUUGCGGUAACAAGCAUUCCAUCUGAAAAUGCAACUGCACCAUUCACAAACAAUGCCACAACCCCACUGCUGUCGACACAUGCUGGUAAUGUCACAUCUCCACCUUUAUCUACUCAAGGCAACGUGACAAGCUCAUCUACAGUUGCACCAGAAAAUGCUACCAGUUCAUCAGUGAGUACACCAGGAAAUGCCACAGCUUCACCUGCACCUGUAACAACAGCAGCAGCCAACUCCACAAGUCCACUUGUACCUACACCGGAGAAUGCUACAAACCAUCCUGUAACUUUACCAGGCAACAUCACAACUACUCCUUUACCUGAGCCAGGCAACAGCACAACCCCACCCCAAACUACAAGAAGCAAUGACACUACUCCUCCCAUUAGCACACCAAGCAACAGCACAGCUUCCCCAAUUACAACACCAAGCAAUGUCACAAUUACAGUACAGACUACAUCAGGUAAUGCUACAGCAACUCUACCCUCAACCACAGAUAUUUCAAAUCUAACUACACCAGAGAAUAAUGCAACAGUAAAUGCUACUGUUCCACCCCUAACUACACCAGUAAAUGCUACUGUACCACCUCUAACAACACCACUAAAUGCUACUGCACCACCCCUAACUACACCAGUAAAUGCUACCUUACCACCUCCAACGACAUCAGUAAAUGUUACUGCACCACCUAUCACUACACCAGUAAAUGCUACUACACCACCCUUAACUACACCAGGAAGCAAUGUAACAGUAAACACUACCACACCACCCAUCACUACUCCAGUAAAUGCAACUACACCACCUCCAACUACAUCAGGGAACAAUGCAACAGUAAACGCUACCACAGCACCCAUAACUACUCCAGUAAAUGCAACUACACCACCCCCAACUACAUCAGGGAACAAUGCAACAGUAAACGUUACCACACCACCCAUAACUACACCUGGGAAUAAUACAAUAGUAAAUGUUACCACACCACCCAUGACUACACCAGUAAAUGUUACUACUCCACCUUUAACUACACCAGAGAAUAAUGCAACAGUAAACGUUACCACACCACCCAUAACUACACCUGGGUAUAAUGCAACAGUAAAUGCUACUACUCCACCCAUGACUACACCAGGGAACAAUGUAACAGUAAAUUCUACUACUCCACCUCUAACUACACCAGCGAACAAUGCAACAGGAAAUGCCACCACACCACCCAUAACUACACCACUAAAUGCUAGCACAUCAUCCCUAACUACACCAGGGGACAAUGUAACAGUAAACGCUACCACAUCACCCAUCACUACUCCAGUAAAUGCUACCACUCCACCUCUAACUACACCAGGAAACACUACAACAGGGAAUGCUACCACACCACCCAUCACUACUCCAGUAAAUGCUACCACUCCACCUCUAACUACACCAGGAAACACUACAACAGGGAAUGCUACCACACCACCCAUCACUACUCCAGUAAAUGCUACCACUCCACCUCUAACUACACCAGGAAACACUACAACAGGGAAUGCUACCACACCACCCAUCACUACUCCAGUAAAUGCUACCACUCCACCUCUAACUACACCAGGAAACACUACAACAGGGAAUGCUACCACACCACCCAUCACUACUCCAGUAAAUGCUACCACUCCACCUCUAACUACACCAGGAAACACUACAACAGGGAAUGCUACCACACCACCCAUCACUACUCCAGUAAAUGUUACCAUUCCACCUCUAACUACACCAGGAAACACUACAACAGGGAAUGCCACCACACCACCCAUGACUACACCAGUAAAUGCUACUACACCACCUCUAACUACACUAGGGAACAAUGUAACAGUAAACACUACCACACCACCCAUCACUACUCCAGUAAAUGCUACUACACAACCUCUAACUACACCAGGAAACACUACAACAGGGAAUGCCACCACACCACCCAUGACUACACCAGUAAAUGCUACUACACCACCUCUAACUACACCAGGGAACAAUGCAACAGUAAACAUUACCACACCACCCAUAACUACAAAUGCUACUACACUACCCUUAACUACACCAGGAAGCAAUGUAACAGUAAACGCUACCACACCACCCAUAACUACACCAGUAAAUGCUACUACACCACCCUUAACUACACCAGGGAACAACGCAACAGUAAACACUACCACACCACCCAUAACUACACCAGCAAAUGCUACUACACCACCUCUAACUACACCAGGGAACAAUGCAACAGUAAAUGCUACCACACCACCCAUAGCUACACCAGGAAAUACUACAACAGGGAAUGCUACCUCACCACCUCAGUCUACACCAGGAAAUGCUACUACACCACCCAUAACCAACUCAACGACUGGACCCACUGUCUCUACUACUAACCCAACUAACACUACAACCACACCAGGUACCUGUCCUGCAGUGCCCUGCCCACCACUCAGUGUCUGUGUGAACUCCAUCUGUCAGUGUGUGACAGGAACUAUUCCUUUAAAUAAUGCCUGUGUGGAAACUAAAACCUUCCCUAGUACACUGCGUGUGAACCGCACUUUUGAAGAGGCUAUGAACAAUCCACAAUCACCUGAAUUCGAGAAAACUGCUAAAGAGAUCAUUGCUGCGGUAAAUGAAGCUCUGCGUAACCAGCCAAACUACAUUAACAGCACAGUAAUUCGGUUGAUGUCUGGCAGUAUAGUGGCCACAGUAAACAGUUUUUUUGAGCCCAAUUCUCCAGUCACACAGGAAUUGGUUAAAUCUGCCAUGAAUACUGCUAUAAGUAAUUGUGGGACGACAAACUGUGGCAUUCUUGCUAAUGCUGAAUACACUGAAACCAAUCUGUGUGAGCAAGAUCCUCUUCCUUGUGAUAUUAACACUACAUUGUGUGAGGCCACAGAUGGGACACCUAAUUGUAUCUGCAAACCUGGCCAUAUAUCUAGCCUUUACCAGACCAGAAGUUGUAGCGUUUGCCCUAGUGGCUACAAAGCGCAGGAGGACAAGUGUGUUCGAUGUCCAUUUGGCUAUUCUGGAUUCAACUGUGAUGACUCCUCUUUGUUGGCUCUAGUGGUGGUGGCGUGUGUGUUAGGGGGAAUUCUGCUCAUUGUGAUUUUGGCUGUUCUAAUCUACAUCUGUGUGACUCGUAGCAAGAAGUCGUCAAGCAGCAAUUAUUACAACAGCCCGUACCCUGCUGAGGAGUUCCAGACCACUUGGCCCUCGCAGAACAUCACCCAUAUUCCCCGUGCCACUCUGACAUCUAGUUCCAGCAUUGAUGCCACUGGCAACAGCCUAGAGAUGUCUGAAGGGCCAGGCAAGAAAGGCCACAGUAAUGGAUUGAAGAUUGGAGGAAAGUCGGGCUCUUAUGACCUCAGAACAGAUGGCAUGAGGACCUUUAAGGACAUAAACCCCACACGCUACUCUUAUCUGGUGGGUCAUGAAAACCCCUACUUCAUACAAGGAGAUGAGAAGAGAUGAGGAAAAAAGCAGAGAAAGCCAGUGGACAAAAAAAGAGUGCAAUAGCGACAUGAAUUAUACAAAGGCCUUGGAUCAAAAUGUUUCAGGAACGUUAACACUGUCAAAACCAAAUAGCUGAUCACAGACUCAAAGUAUAUACACAAACAGCAUUUGAGAGAUGCUUAUAUAUAUUUUACAGUUUUUAUUCCAAACCCUUUCACCCAGGAUAAAAUGCUCACUUCUUAAAAGUGCAUCAAUGAUUGGGUUUCUUCUACCACAAGCUUGAUAAACGUGUCCUGUGUAUGACAAUGUGAGAUGAAUGCUUAACCACUCAUCUGUUGAUAUCUGUAUUUUUUUGUUGCUUCUUAUGUUUUGUCAGCACAUUUCAUAUUCAGAAUUGUGUUAUCUGACAGAGAUCAUGCAUAUGUUACUGGGGUUUGCAACUCAAAAUACGUUAUUAUAAAGGCUGUAAUAUUAAACCAUAUUUUGGCAUAUUUUAUUUAAAUUUCUUAUCAGAGGAAGCAAUAAGGGCAGAAUAUGUAAUGUAAUCCAGUAGUUCUGAUUCAUCUGAUCUAUAUUCUGACAGUAACUGCACUUUGUAGGAGAGAGCAUGUCAUGUCUUGUGUCUUUGUGUGUGUGUGUUAAGUUUUAUCUAUCAGAAAGACAGAACUGGUUCAUUCAGUUAUGAAUUUUUGGUUGAUAUCUUCUCCAAAGAAUUAAUUUAUUUAAUGCUAGGACAAUGCAUGCCACCAGAAAUUGAUCUCUGUGCCUGACUGUGAUGUUGUCUUUUGAAUAGGAGAAUUAUGCAAUGAUCAGGAGUAAACACCCAUGUCUCCUCUGUAGUCGUGCCAAUAAUUAUAUUUAUUUAAAUCAGAACAUGACAUUGUUUACUCAGCUGUCUGUUUGCUUCAUAUAUAUAUAUAUAUACAUACAUACAUACAUAUAUAUAUAUAUAUAUAUAUAUAUAUAUACACACACACACACACACUUAUUUAUGUGUA